AUGUCUUCGGAGGGGGGAGCAGAGCCAUCCGCUGGAAAUAGUCCAGAAGCAGCAGUGGCAGCGGCUGCAACUACAGAUGCUAGCGAGGAGCAAAGACCAAUGAAGCAAUCUUUGACUUCUUCACUAUGCAGAGAAUCUCACUGGAAGUGUCUCCUUCUCUCAGUUCUGAUAUAUAGCUGCCUGGGGGCUAUAGCUUGGUGCCAACUCACCCAAGUCACUAAGCUCAGUUUUGAUAGUUCUUUCAAAGGCAAGUCUAUGAUUUACCAUGGCAGUCCUUGCUCGGAUGGCUAUGUGUAUAUUCCAUUAGCAUUCCUCGUUAUUCUUUAUGCGGUCUACUUGGUGGAAUGUUGGCACUGCCGCACCAAAAGUGAACUUCAAUGCAAAGCUGAUGUGGAAAGUGUCUAUGAUCGAAUUGCCAGAAUGAAACAGGCCACACCGUGUAUAUGGUGGAAAGCCAUAAGCUACCACUUUGUCCGACGGACAAGGCAGGUGACUCGGUAUCGCAAUGGUGACGCUUAUACAACAACUCAGGUUUACCACGAGAGAGUCAAUACCCAUGUGGCUGAGGCAGAGUUUGACUAUUCCCACUGUGGAUUCAAAGACAUAUCUAAGGAACUCAUGGGCCUGGAAUGGUAUUCCACCACGAGGCUAAAGUUCACGAAAUGUUUCAGUUUUGCCAACAUGGAAUCUGAGAACUCUUACUUGACACAGAGAGCUCAUUUCUUCACAGAAAUAGAAGGGCUGGAUGAUUACAUGGAGAUCAGAGAAGGCAUGAAACUCAAAAAUAUAGACUUCAAAGAAGUCAUGAUGGCUUAUGGAGACCCAGAUCAUCUUCCUUGGUAUGUAUCCCAUUAUGCUUUCUGGGUGGCUGCAUUGUUGAUGAUUUCAUGGCCCCUGAGAGUCUUCAUAGAAUAUCAGACUGCACACGUACACUACCAUGUGGAGAAACUUGUUGGCGUGGAGUACAGUGUGCCCUCUGUGGCAGAGGAGCCCCUCUAUAGAUACCGAAUCCCCAGGGUAAGCACUCAGGACAGUACUGAGCUUGAGUGGCACAUCUGCACCAAUCGCCAGCUGAUUCCCAGCUAUUCCGAGGCCAUGCUCCUGAACCUGACCCAUUCUCCCAUAUGUAACAGUUACUCCAUUCGCAGGUACAGUGAAAUCACUCAUGGCUGUGAGACUUGCCAUCGUGCCUCCAGUACCUCCUCUAUCUUUUCUCGCCACAAUGGCAGUGCAAACUCACAGCUCUCUCUGAACACUAGCCGCUUCUCCUUAUGCCAGAUUCAUGGCUCUCACAGGACAGGACUCUGGAGAAGUCACAGCAGCAGCAUCACUGACCGUGGUUGCCAGGAUGACCAGUGCUGCUCCCACUCUAGCCAGCUGGUUAUCAACGAAAACCCACCCACUUACCAAGAAGCUCGCUUUUUCCCAGUACUAAUUGUGCAUAGGUCAGAGAGUCAGGAAAGGAGGCACUUGUGUCUCCGCCGUGCUUCCUGCCUGGAGACCUCGCUCUGACUUUCCGUUAAGAGAGUUUUAAGGGCAACUACUUGCUUGCCAAUAACAGCAAUACAUACAACAUAAAGUCAUCAAAGUCUCAGUUGUCCAUUUCUCAAAAAAAGAGAGACUUAUUCAUGUAGAAAUCUAAGAAAACUCAACUCUGAAUCUAAGAGUCUCAAUAAAUACUGUAGGUUAGUUAGGAUGUUAUCAUGAUAUGAUUGGUUCUUCAGGGAUUUUUACAGUUUAUAGGGUUUUAUCCCCCUUUAAUCUAAAACUCAUGGCUAGGGUAAGAGAAAUGUCUACGGCCAUCUUGUGAACUUUACUGAAUUCAG